AUAUUACAGAGCCAUAAAAAAAGAAUGAGAUUGUGCCAUUUGAAACAACAUAGAUGAACCAAAGGUAUUGGACUAAGUGGAAUAAGUCACAUUGAGAAAGACAAAUACCAUAUGAUUUCCAUCAUAUAUAAAAAACAAAACAAAUAAACAAAAAGCAGAAUCAGACUAUAAAUAUUAAGAACAAACUGAUGGUUGCCAGAGAGGAAAGGUGUGGAAGAUGGGCAAAAUGGGUAAAAGGGAGUAAGAGAUGCAGGUUUCUAGUUAUGGAAUGAAUGAGUCAUGAAAGGAGGAGGCACAAUAUAGGGAAUAUAGUCAACGGUAUUGUAAUAGUGUUGUAUGGGGACAGAUGGUAGCAGCACUUGUGGUGAGCACAACAUAAUGUAUAGAGAAGUUGAAUCUACUAUGUUGUACACCUAAAACUAAUUUAACAUUGUUCGUCAACGGUAUUCAGAUAAAAAAUGUUUUUAAAAGAAUGUACUAUUUUCAGCUAAAAAUAAAUUAUUUAAAUGCAUACUUUAAUAAAUCACAAAAUUUAAUCUAGCUUAACUGCAACAAAGUGAAUUUACAUUCCCAUCAGUAGUCUAUGGAGAGGCUCCUUUUCUCAUACUGUCAAUAAUACAGGAUUUUAUCAAUCUUUUUUUAAGUUUUUUUAAUUUUACCUUUAUUUUUUAAUUUUUUUAAUUAUUUAUUUUGAGAGAGAGAGAGAUAGUGGGGGAGGGGCAGAGAGGGAGAGAGAGAAUCCCAAGCAGGCUCCAUGCUGUCAGCACAGAGCCCAGUGCAGGGCUCCAUCCUAUGAACUGUGGGAUCGUGAUCGGAGCCAAAAUCAAGAGCCAGACACUUAACUGAAUAAGCCACUCAGGCACCCCCAGGAUUUUAUCAGUCUUUUGACUUUUAGCGAAUUUGGGGGAAAAAAUGUUAGCAGUCAAUCCCUAACAAAAGUGAAUCAAUGUGAAAAUACCAGUAUCAGACAAAAGAGAAUUCAAGCCAAAAUGGAUUUUGGCAGAGUGAUGUUUUAUUUUGAUAAACCACCCUCUAGCAAGAAAAUAAAACAUCCAUACGCCUUCAUGUAUUAUAAUUAUAUAAAUAUAUAAUGGCAAUUUUAUAUGAUUCAAUAUAUAUUUUACUACAGAGCUACAAAAACUAUAAUGCAAAGAUUCAGAAAUACAAGGAUAAAUUGCUAACUCUGUACUUAUCACAGAAAUCUUCGAAACAUUUUUUUCAAAGAUGAGCAGAUCGGGAAGAAUCCAUAAGGAUAAAGAGGAUUUGAAUAGCAUAACAACAAGCUUGACCUACAAAAUGGAUGCAGAUAAACAAAAUGCCUGAUCUGAUGGAGGUCAAGAGGUGCCAACUGCUGUGAGGUGGGGAGCCCUGAAGGCUUGGCCACGGAUGUGGAUGUCACCGCUGCCUUUCUGGGAGAAGCAAAUAAUUGACUCUCCCUCAGACCUGCUGUCUGUGUCCUGCAGAAACCUUGUACAUACAGUAUGGGAAGUGGUACCUCAACCCAACAUCAUUUUGCUUUCCAGAAUGCAGAGAAAGCCUUCAAGGCGGCAGCCCUAAUCCAGAGAUGGUACCGACGCUACAUGGCGCGCCUGGAGAUGAGGCGGCACUGCACCUGGCGCAUCUUCCAGUCUAUAGAGUAUGCGGGACAGCAAGAUCAGGUCAAGCUCCAUGAUUUCUUCAGCUACCUUGUGGAUCACUUCACCCCCAGCAGCAACCAUGAGAGGGACUUCCUGGACCGCAUGUUCACCGAGGACAGAUUCCCCCAGGACUCUGAGAAAUUCGGUGACUAUGAAUCUAUAGAAGUCCCUGACAAUUACACGGGACCACGCCUCUCCUUCCCACUCCUUCCUGACCACGCAACUGCCCUGGUAGAAGCUUUCAGACUGAAACAGCAGCUCCAUGCUCGCUAUGUCUUGAAUCUUUUGCAUGAAACCAGGAAACACCUGAUACAACUGCCAAACAUCAACCGGGUCUCCACCUGUUACAGUGAGGAGAUCACAGUGUGCGGAGAUUUACAUGGCCAGUUGGAUGACCUAAUAUUUAUAUUUCAUAAGAAUGGCCUCCCGUCACCAGAGAGGGCCUACGUCUUCAAUGGUGACUUCGUUGAUCGAGGCAAGGAUUCAGUAGAGAUCCUGAUGGUUCUUUUUGCCUUCAUGUUGGUUUACCCAAAAGAGUUCCAUCUUAAUCGAGGAAACCAUGAGGACCAUUUGGUGAACUUACGAUACGGCUUUACCAAGGAAGUGAUGCAUAAAUAUAAGACACAUGGCAAGAAAAUACUAAAAAUACUGAAAGAUGUUUUCUGUUGGCUUCCUCUGGCCACUCUGGUUGAUGAAAAGGUCCUGAUUCUUCAUGGCGGAGUGUCAGACAUGACCGACCUGGAACUCUUGGCUAAACUAGACAGGCACAAGAUUGUUUCCACCAUGAGGCACAAAACGAGAAAGGAGAACGGGAAACAGAUGAAGAAGGGGGAAGCCAACCAGAAGAGCUCCGCAGGGAGACCCACCCCGUGGUUUCUCCCCCAGAGCCGCUCUCUCCCCGCUUCGCCCCUUCGCCUGGGCUCCCUCCAGGCUCACAGAGCCGGCCGCUCGUCCAGCAUUCCCUGCGGCGCCCCCCGGGACGCGAAGGAGCUAGCCCGGCAGGUGCGGCACUCCGUGGACCUGGAGCUGGACAGGUGCCGGCAGCAAGCAGGCUUCCCGGUGAGCCGGGGGACGGAGGAGGCCUCGCUGUGCACGCCAGAAGCGGAUUCAGGAGCAGAGGAGCCGCUGGAGCCCACGCAGGAGGAGUGGAGGCAGGUGGUAGAUAUACUGUGGAGUGAUCCCAUGGCUCAGGAGGGCUGUAAGGCCAACACUGUUCGAGGAGGAGGCUGUUAUUUUGGACCCAAUGUGACAGAACGGUUGCUACAGAAAUACAACCUGCAAUUCCUGAUCCGCUCACACGAGUGCAAACCUGAAGGCUAUGAGUUCUGCCACAGCCGCAAGGUGUUAACAAUCUUUUCUGCCUCCAACUACUAUGAAGUUGGCAGCAACAGAGGGGCCUAUGUCAAACUGGGGCCAGCCCUGACCCCGUACAUCGUGCAGUAUCAAGCUAACAAGGUGACCCACAUGCUGACCAUGAGGCAAAGGAUUAGCAGAGUAGAGGAGUCAGCUCUGAGAGCUCUGCGGGAAAAGUUAUUUGCUCAUUCCUCAGAUCUUCUUGGUGAAUUUAAGAAGCAUGAUGCAGAUAAAACUGGUUUAAUCACCCUUAGUGACUGGGCAGAAGCCGUGGAGUCUGUGUUGCAUCUAGGACUGCCAUGGCGGAUGCUGAGGCCACAGCUGGUGAACAGCUCAACGGAUAACACAUUGGAGUACAAGUCCUGGCUGGAGGAUUUGGCCAAAGAACAACUGAACCGUGAGAACAUACAGUCAAGUUUGCUGGAAACACUGUAUCGAAACCGAUCCAACCUGGAGACCAUUUUUAGGAUCAUAGACAGUGAUCAUUCAGGGUUCAUCUCACUGGACGAAUUUAGGCAUACUUGGAAGCUGUUCAGCUCUCAUAUGAACAUCAACAUCACAGAUGACUGCAUCUGUGACCUUGCACGGAGCAUUGACUUCAACAAGGAUGGCCACAUCGACAUCAAUGAAUUCCUGGAGGCCUUCCGCCUUGUGGAGCAAUCCUGCUCAGAAGGCAAUGCCUCAGAUUGCCCACAAACCACAAACACUAAUUAAUGACAAUGGCUGCAGCAAACCAGGCACACACUAAGAGCAGCCUGGUGUUCAUCGUCCACGGUGCCUCAUAACCAAUACUGCACUUGUCGCUGGAAUAGCUCCUUUAUUCUCCAUAGAUAUGUGGAAUUUUAUGCUGAGAAUUUGCCUACCAGUGUGCAUCAGAAUCACCUAUUUGGGUGUGUGUGGGGUGUGUGUGUGUGUGUUUAAAUAUAUAGGUAACCCAUCCUCGUCUCAGAAGUUUCACAAGGUAAGACCCAUGUAUAAAUAUUUUUAAAUUCUGAAGUCUACCCCAGUUAAGAACCACCGAUAAUUCAACUCCCUCAUUGUUUUCAUUUUAUACCUUUAACUUAUUGUUUUUAAAAUGUUGUAUUGAGGGACACCCAGGUGGCUCAGUUAGUUAAGCAACUCAGGGUCAUGAGUUCAAGUCCCAUAUUGGGCAAUGCGCUGGGCAUGAAGCCUACUUUAAAGAAGAAGGAGGAGGAAGAGGAGGAGGAGGAGGAGGAGGAGGAGGAGAAGAAGAAGAAGAAGAAGAAGAAGAAGAAGAAGAAGAAGAAGAAGAAGUCUUAUUUUUUUUAAUGUUUAUUUAUUUUUGAGAGAGGGAGAGUGGGGGAGGGGCAGGGAGUGAUGGGGACAGAGGACCCCAAGCAGGCUCCAUGCUGACAGCAGAGAGCCUGAUGCAGGGCUGAACUCAUGAACCAGGAAAUCAUGACCUGAGCUGAAGUCAGAUGCUUAACUGACUGAGCCACCCAGGUACCCCUUAUUUUUUUUAAUUAAAUGCUUAUUUAUUUAUUUUGAGAAAGAGAGUGAGUAUAAAUGGGAGAGGGGCAGAGAGAAAGGGAGAGAGAAUCCUAAGCAGGCUCUGCACUGUCAGCACGAAACCCUAUGUGGGGCCUGAACCUGGGGACCAUGAUCACUACCUGAGCCAAGAGUUGGACGCUUAACUGAUUGAGCCACUCAGGCCACCGAAAAAUGUCUCAUUGAUAAAGGAAAAUUAUGAAAAAUUGUUUAUGUAAUCCCAUGACUGAAACAUAUGGACUGUUUUCAUUAUUACUUUUUCUUGUUGUAACUAUAGUUUUUAUAUAAUUUAAUGUUUUGCUUUUUUUAAAAAUAAAUUCAUACCUAAUUGUAAAUA